GUAUAUCCUGUGUGUGCCAGUGUCUGUCUGUUGCCUCCUUCCUUGAGCCAUUUAUCAGCUCCUUGGUCCCUUGGGUUCUUGUGGACUGAAACUUACUGUUCUCCUUAAUUGUAUAUGUCGGGAAAGAAAAUGCAGACCAUCUAGAGGAAUGCUAGGUUAGAUGAAAGUUCCAAGAUUAGGAAUUUGUCCCACCCCACCCUGGGGCCUCUGAAGCACCUGCGUUUGCUCCAGGCCUGCUCUUGUCGGUGCUGAGGGGCCUGUCGUCCACCCUGCAGAGUGAUGAGACAGGAGGGCGAAAAUGAAAGCAGGCUGUAGCAUCGUGGAAAAGCCAGAAGGAGGUGGAGGGUAUCAGUUUCCCGACUGGGCCUACAAAACCGAGUCGUCGCCAGGCUCCCGGCAGAUCCAGCUGUGGCACUUCAUCCUGGAACUGCUGCAGAAGGAAGAGUUCCGCCAUGUCAUCGCCUGGCAACAGGGAGAGUAUGGGGAGUUCGUCAUCAAGGAUCCAGAUGAAGUGGCCCGCCUCUGGGGCCGCAGGAAGUGCAAACCACAGAUGAACUAUGACAAGCUGAGCCGGGCCCUCAGAUACUAUUACAACAAGAGGAUCCUUCAUAAAACAAAAGGGAAAAGGUUUACUUACAAGUUUAACUUCAACAAGCUGGUGAUGCCCAACUACCCUUUCAUCAACAUUCGCUCAAGUGGUGUGGUUCCUCAGAGUGCACCACCAGUGCCAACAGCCUCUUCCCGGUUCCAUUUCCCACCUCUAGACACGCAUUCUCCUACUGGCGAUGUGCAGCCAGGGCGCUUCUCUGCCAGCUCCUUGAGUGCUUCUGGUGCCGAGUCAGGUGGUCCCACGGAUAGAAAGGUGGAGCCUUCAGACCUCGAAGAUGGCUCGGCCUCUGACUGGCACCGGAGCAUGGACUUCAUGCCCUCUCGAAAUACUCUUAGUGGAGGAGGAAUUGGCCACCAGAAACGCAAGCCUGACAUAAUGCUUCCUCUCUUCACUCGGCCAGCAAUGUACCCUGAUCCCCACAGUCCCUUUGCUCUCUCUCCAGUCCCUGGUCGUGGAGGUGUCCUCAAUGUCCCCAUCUCACCAGCCCUGUCCCUGACUCCCACCAUGUUCUCCUACAGUCCCUCCCCAGGCCUGAGCCCCUUCGCCGGCAGCAGUUGCUUCUCCUUCAACCCAGAGGAAAUGAAACACUACCUUCACUCUCAGGCCUGUUCUGUGUUCAACUACCAUCUGAGUCCUCGGACUUUUCCCCGCUACCCAGGGCUCAUGGUCCCACCGCUGCAGUGCCAAAUGCAUCCUGAGGAGUCUUCCCAGUUCUCUAUCAAACUGCAGCCCCCACCAGCUGGACGGAAGAACCGAGAGAGGGUAGAACACAGUGAGGAGUCCACACGUGGCUCUGCAUCAAUCAGUGGGCCUGUUCCCUCUCGAAUUAAGGUAGAGCCCACCUCUGAGAAGGAGCCCGAGAGCCUCAGGCAGUUGACCCACGAAAAGGAGGAACACUCCCAAGAAGUGGGCACUAUGCGGACCAGGACCGGAGAAGAGAGGAAAGGCACAGUGUCUGCCCACCCCUCACCCACCUGGCCCUCUGUAUCCAUUAGCACCCCCAGUGAUGAACCCCUAGAGGGGACUGAAGACAGUGAGGACAGGUCUGGCAAGGAGUCCAGUGCACCUGAGAAGAAAGAAGAUGCCCUGAUGCCCCCCAAGCUUCGAUUGAAGAGGCGGUGGAACGACGGCCCUGAAGCCCGGGAGCUAAGUAAGACCGGCAAGUUCCUCUGGAAUGGGGCAGGACCCCAGGGCCUGGCUACAGCGGCCACUGCUGCUGCUGAUGCCUAAAACCACAGCGGAAGGGAAGCUGUUCAUACUACAGUCAGAUCCACGUACACGUAUUUAUGUAGCAAGAUUCUGGGGUGGGAGGCAGGGGUUAAGCUGGUUUGAUAACUCUGGGGCAUGGACUUGAACUGUUUUGUUGGAUGAGAUGAAUAUCUUGUGUUGUAAAUUAAGUGGGGUAUGAACACACUUUUUUUUCUUGGUGAGUAGGAUGUAGGGAGGGUAUUGAACUGUGGGGGAAGGAGCCUGUUUCCUGUUUAAGACUCAUGCUGCCUGACAAGCUCCAUAAGAGCCCACUUUGUAGUCCCGUUACAGUUCAGGACCCAUAGUGUUUUCUAUUGUAUUUAUACAUACAGAAAGCCAAUAGUGGGAUAUUUCGCUUUGAGAGAGAGAGAUAAGAGGAGCAGGCUGGGAGGUUGGGUGGGAAGCAACAAUACUAAGCAUGCUAGCCUGAGACACUUAUUUCAGGAGAGAACAAAGACAGUUGCAGGCUUAUUGGAGUGGGGAACAAUUAGGUGAUGUUCUCUACUCUCCCCUCCCCCUCGCCGGAGCACACAUGCUCUCUCCCACACAUGCACACACACAUUCUCUCCUCUCUUUCUCUCUCUCUCUCUCUCUCUCACACACACACACACACACACACACACACACACACACAAACACACACACACUCGCAUUUGGCUUUUCCCCCCUUUUUAGAAAAUGUUUUCAAGACACUUGAGUGUACUGCCAGUUAUAAUGGGCAGGGAGGGCCCAGGACCGACCACCUGGCCCUUCCCUUCAGAGUUGAGGUGGGAAGGAAGUCCUGCUGUAAGCUCCUGGAACUGUCACCUCCUUCACCUAUUCAAAAGCCAUGAGGAGUUGUAAACUCUUGAUCAGGGAAGAAAGAAGGGCAGGAGGAAGGAGCCCAAAUGCCUUUAAAAAAAAAAAAUGACAGAAAUGGUCUUCAUUUUUCUUUUUCCAUUGUGGGUUUGGGAAACCAUGCCAAGUGUGACUGAGCAAGUUUUAUGAGGAGCAGGAUAGCACCGUUGAAGAUAUUUUUCUGUUGUGUCUGGUUGUAUUACUGUUUCUUAAGUCAAGCCUUAACUAUGAACAUGCUUUAAGAUGAUACAGGUCUGUCAACAUAAACCUGUAAAGGGCAUGGAUACUGUUCAGAUAACCCAGGAAUGUUGAGGCAUAGUUGAAUUCCUAUGAUAGUUAUUCCCUCUGAUGUACCAGGCUGGGUGGAAAGGGCAAGAUUGUGAGAAUGAAAGGCAGAUGAUAAUUGAUAAGCACGGAGUAGCUGGGAACAAGUGUUGUUGAAACUGAAGGAAGAGCUAGGAAGGUGGUGACCAGAUGCCUGUUUUCCCAAAGUCACCAGAUGCCAAGAGGCCUGGAGAGGGAAAGAGCUGAUAUCUGCCCUGUGGUGGUGGUGCCAUCUUUGUGAGCCCCGAUUGCCCAGCUUGUUCUGAUCAGUUGACUAUUCACAAAAUACAGUUCACAGACGGGAGUCCUGUCUGUGGGAAAUUCCCUUACAGCAACUUCAAAGAAAUUGGAAGAUACUGAUCUCAUGUGAAAUGAACUAUUAGCCCUAGGGGCAGAGAGCAGCAACAGCCAGCAUCCUCUGUGCACACAUGUGCUUAGAAUGACUCGGGGCAGCGAGGAGAAACCGUUCCAUAUCUGCUGAGGCAGGGUUGGCAUUGGGGUGUCAGUGAUUCCUGACUCCACCACCUUAGCCUAGGUGAAAAUCCUGUAUGCCAAGUAACUCUUGAGUGUUGUCUUUUGAUGGUAGGGUGUUUGGUGUUUUUUUAACUGAAUUGCAUGCACAAAGGAGCUCAGGAGACAUUAGCUGACUUGGGAUGACUUGAGGCCAUCGUUGCUAUUGCUUGAUGAGUGUCCUGUCACUUGGUCCGGGUUCCAUACAUGAGUGACUGUCUUUCCCCAGGACUCUGGUGACCCAUGCUUUGGUUGGGCCACGAAGGACUCACCACUCCAGCUGCCCUUGGUGGCUGUGUUCGAUUAGUUCCCUUCUCUCAUCCUGACUUACCUCUGAAUCUAAAGCAAGCCCAGCAGCUGGAGGAGGGCUCUCUGCUUGGUGUUGCCCAUCAAACCAGGGAGGCCAGCUGGCCACCAGUGUCGGUGUGAACUCAGGAAUAGAAAUAAGGGGCCUUUAAGACGAGAGGAGGAAAAUCAUGAUGCAUACCUGUAACCCCUAAAACCCAAGUGCCAGAAUUAAUCCCUAGAUGCUGCUUCCAUUUGAAUAAAGUCACUGCUUUUACACUUGAAAAACGUUCAGAAAUGUUGAACUCCAUGAAAAGUGCUUUGGACUUGUACGAAACCACGCUGUUUGUCUCCUUCGAUUGCCAUUCCGCCAGUAAUCUGUGUGAUUGGCACUGCACGUGCUUGGAGUUUGGAUCUGGGGAAGGGUCUGUCUACAGAGCAGAACUUGGGCUUGCUCAGGAAGUGGACUGGGAAAUGUAGCGAUUACUGAUACUUCCUGGGGCAAAGGAAUGAGAAUUUUGUUCUCUUCCCAGCCCCUCCUGGCAGUUCCUGCCUCCAGCCUGGUAUGAGACAAGGUGGUUGCCUUCCUUCCGACAGUGGGGAAGGGGGUGAAAGCUGGACCUGCUUCUCCCCCUCGUCUGUUUUUCCUUCUAGAUUUUGUUGUGCCAAAUGUGUAAAACUUUGCAGGUGUAUCUAUUGAGAUUUCACUAAUCAAGAGCUUGUUCAUUUAGACAGUUUGCUUUUUUAGCCAUAGAAAAAGUAGCAAAUUCUCAGGGGCAUCAGCCUUGCUGAGCUCGCCUUUUUUUCUGAAGUAAAAUAGAGACAGACAGACAGUCCGUCUCCCUAGGUGUCAGGCUGCACUGCAUUAAACCCAGCUCAGUAAUACAGGGAACCCUAGUGACCCGCAGGCCAAGGAACUUCCAGAAGCAUUAAAAAAAAAAAAAGAAAGAAAGAAAGAAAGAAAACAAAGUUAUAUUCCACUGCCAAGUGGGUGGUCAUUUAGCUGUUCGUCCCUUGUUUUUUAUUUAUUCCACAAUUAUGUUUGUGCUUUUUCUUGUGUAAACAAUAGUGAGGCAUAUGUUUUUAUGUGGCUUUAGAGAAAACUUCAAUCUUCAAAGAACUGUUCCAAUUAGUUUCUUCUUGGAAAAAGUUAUGCGUUAAUUUGUUUCAAAAUACUUAGGCAUUCUUUGAAUUAUAAACUUGUGAUGCAGGGAUUUGUGAAUGAGACGUUCACAUGUGAAGAUAAAUGACUUCACUAGACAUCUGUGUAAGCAGAAUAAGAUGUGUAUAUGUACAUAAAUUAUAAGAAACCUGAACACCAUUGUGCAGUGCCUUUUAGAUGUUCUGCUUUCUAAAGUCUUCAAAUUUUUGCAUAUAUAUUAUAUAUAUGAUGUAAUGUUAUAGAAAUAUAUGUAUAAUAUACAUAUUUUUUCCAGGGGUAUCUGAUAGCUCUGUAUUUUGUUAUGGAAGUUGAAAGAAAAAAAAGUAUUUUACCUCAAAAAUUAAAGUUAAAUUUAAAAACAAAGGGUACUUAAAUGUUUGCUGAGUAAUGAUUUUAUUGUUCCUUGCACACUGUGCCAAAGUCUGCAGACUUCCUGCUAGCUCACUUCACUGUACAGGUCCCUUGCAGGGGUCCAGCGGAGUGAGGGGCGGGGUCCUCAACAGUGCUAAAGCUUGUCUGUUUCCUUGAAUGACUAAGAGGUAGGGAGAAAUCCUGCACACUGUAGCAGCAUUUAGCCACAUGGUCGCCUGUGGGAAAAUGUCAGCCAGACAGAUGCAUAGUUUGAACAUGGUAGUCCUUGCCAGAAGUAAAGUGUGGCUGCUAAUGGCUUACAGUUUUUUGUAAGAUGAUGAAAAUGACCUGGGCUUAAAUAGUAAAUAGCAGUUGGACAGUUUGGGUAUAAAUAACCAAUCAUUGAAUUUUAAAGUCACUCCAAAAUGAUGGACACAAUAGUGUGUGAAUUAUAAAAUAAACAUGGGUUUGUGGUUA